AUGCCGAAGGAGGAGCAGUGCAGCCACUGCGACAAACUUCUUCAGACCUCUCCAACCGUCGAUAACGAAGACUAUGCCCGGCUAAUAAAUUAUCUCGUGGACAACUUCGGUUGUUCGUGGGAGUCUGCUCAGUGCACAGUUCGCCGGCACUGGCCGAAUGUAGAUGCAUGUGUAGCUGAUCUGAGGCGUAAAGAACGGCCUUGUCUGGUAGCUGUUGAGGUAUAUUUGCUUCAGCGUGAGCAUAUGCAGGAUCUUGCCAAGUCGUUACUGCCCAUUGACAGCUCGCAGCUCCCUUGUUUCAGCAAAGCAAACCUAAACGGACGCUCAAAGGGAUAUCCCUUACUGACAUGGGCUGAGGUAGCAGAAAAAAUCAACUCCGGGCCUGGGAUUGAGGUACAUUUCGUUGACACAGAUGCUGCUGAUGUGUUAGACGGGCCGGCUGCUUAUGAAGACUUCUAUCAGAGGAAGGUCGUUACAGAGGGAUUCUCAGACAUUGUUGCGUUUGUUACCGCGGUUGAUGGAGUAGUACCACUUGUGGACUACCUUCAUCGAAGGCACUUUGGUGACCCCGACACCCGCCGCCUCGCCUAUCCGUAUGGAGGUUCCGGUCGGUGCUGUAGGGUGCCUAGGUCAAUAUCAGAGACAUAUGCGCGUGCGCACGCUCAGGUUCCGUGUUGCGCUGAUGCUGCGUUGUCUACCGCACGUAGGACGCGCAUUUUACUGGGAAAUGACCCUGCAACGUCGGUGUCAAAAAGGCAAGACAAGAGCAGUAUGCAAAACACAUUGAAGGAGCACGGUUUGCUGUAUAUCAAAGGGUUCUCUGGACGUGAUGUGGGGGAAAUGAAACGGCAGAUGAGGAGGGAACGGAUAAUGUUUCCUGUUAUAGUGAAACCUGUCAGUGGUGCAGGAUCCGAAUUCGUCACCCUAUGCUAUGACGAAAAUGAUGUUGACAUCGCGUUUGCAGUUUCUUCCGAAGUUCAAACGACUCAGCAAACGGACGCCUCCCAUAUGUUGCUGCAGGAGUACAUCGAGGGCCCUGAAUACGUCGUCAAUGUUGUAAGCUACAUGGGAAUACAUGUCGUGUCGGAUGUAUGGAAGAGCUGGAAGUAUCCAUACCCGGUGAAAAGUACCCGUCUGAGGCCAUCUGUGGAAAAGAAGCUAAUGCAGUCGUACCUAACGAGCGGCCGCGGGAGGGAGCCGGUGCCACACACCACCACCGUAUUGAUGUAUGAUCGCAUAGAAUUUGUGCAUGAGUUGUCGAAGUUACCCGCGAGCAGUGAGGAAAGACGUGUGGUAGCUUACACGUUAAAGUGUCUUGAUGCUCUCGGGUUGCAACAGGGGUGCUCGCAUUGUGAGGUCCGCGUGGAUAAUCGCCCCGGUAGCUCCACCAAAGGAAUGCCUGUGUUGAUUGAGCUUAAUGCACGCAUGUUGGGUGAUGUCCCACGGGCAACCAGUUUUGUUGGGUAUGAUCAGUAUAAACUCAUGAUGUACUUACUUUUAUGCGCUUCCUCCAUACCUGAGGAUGAGUUUUCCCGUCUUGAUGUCAGUGGUGAGCACUGUGGGGGUGACAGUCGAGAUGCUCUACCGUGGCCUCCCGCCCCUCAGUUAUACAAUUCGCUAAAAGUAGAUGUCACUCUCCAUGUAGUGUUUGUACGCGCAGCUGAAUCCUCCUACUUAUGUAUUCCGGGCUUCCGCGCCAUUCAGGCCCUGCCGACGUACAAAAAUCUUACGCGAAACUCGACACUGGAAGACCUUAAGCCUGGUAUGUUAUUAGCGGUGUGCAAAACGUUCGACCUCCUCACUUCACCCGGAGCUAUUGUUAUGGAGGGCACCGAUGAUGACAUCCGGCGUGACACCGCCUAUAUCCGACGUGUAGAGAACAAAGACAUGCGCGAAUGGAAAGAUAUGAUUGAUGCUGCCGUGGGAAUACUGAACAGUGUUUAUGUCCCCCUGUCUUCUACCCAAGUGCAUACGCCAUUAUUGGCCAGCGCUCCGGCAGCUUCGAAUGCCCGUAUGGAGUUAUGUGUAGCGGCUUCUUCACUUAUUCAAAGCUAUGAAAGGGCGCGGUUGAGGGUUUUCGACUAUUUCGAAACGAUGGAGCCUCCUCUCUUUAUUCCCAUGGAGUACGGCGAGAAACUGAGACGCUUGGAUGCUACUCAACUCAUCUGUGGUGUGUAA